CGGAUAUUCGGGGAUUCUUCCUGUCUUGUGCCGCGCGCUACGCUUGGGCAACUGCGGCCGUAAGACUCACAAUCUUUGCACCGCUUGUUGUCCGUUCUGGGUCCUUGUUUUUCGAAAUGCGCAAGCGCUGGACAUUUUCUUCAGAAACUACCUCAGGCCAGGCCAAAUUAUGGCCUUCAUCCACAAUGCAAGCAAAGAUGAACCCCCUGUCGUCUAAACGUGGGAAUCGAAGUCGGAACCAACAAAGAAAGACAGCGCAAUCUUGGAGGGACCCAUCAUGUGAAAACGAUGCAAGAGUGCCAACAUGCCAGUUCCAUCGGUUUGGAAGGCAAGCGGGCGUUCAGCCUUCAGUAUCGGCAGCAGAUAGAUCAACUUCGCCUUCGUCGAAUCCUCUGAAAGAAAGCCCUGAGCAACUUCAUCAUCUUUCCCCCCUCAUCAUCACUAUCUCAACAUAUGGAUAACACAGCUUGGAGGCUUCGGUGACAAUGGCGACAGCAUAUCCCGCUGUGACAGACGAAAACGGCACCGUCACGUCCUUCAUAGCGCUCCCGACCACCUUCACACCACCGACGAGCUGUUCGACAAUCUACCGCCUCAACGGCUUCUCCCUCGCGGCGUAUGACCCAGGUUACGGCCUCGGUAUUGACGCCAGAGUGAAAUGUGCCCCGCCAGCAGUCACGACGUGGUGGGAACAAGGUCGUCUAGGCCUCAACUCUGGCGAGGGCCAUACUGCUAUUAGUAUCGGGCCUCUGGUAUGUCCUGAACGAUGGGCUACGGUUGCGACUUCGGUCAAGAACGGCACCAGCAGUACACUUGCCAUGUGCUGCCCACGAGACUACACUCUGAUCGGAAACAUUCCUGGAUUGGUUGAAGGAGACUGCCGUUCGGAUCUCCUAUCUGGAGCGGUGAUUACCUACGCGGCGACGUCCGCUCCUAACACUCUGAGCUGGAAAAUGGUGACAUCAACUCUCACACAGCCGGGCUUCGUCGGUGCUAUUGCAGUACUAGGUUGGACUUUCGGGGAGACAGCAGCCGCUUCAACAGCAAGCAUCACCGGGACUGACGCAACUCCAUCCGCCACAGACGCAGUCAACAGCAUUAUCCCCGCCCUUCCUCGCAAAACCGCAUCAACCAUGACACGUUCGCCCUCGGCACCAACGUCCACGCCCGAGCCCACAGGUCUCCCGUUGUCUACCACUGUCGGAGUCGGCGUAGGCGCUGCGGUAGGGGUCAUCGCGCUGGUCAUCCUCGGAUUAUAUGUGCGGCGCAGGAAGCGCAGACAGAAGCGGCUGGUAGAAGAGACUGCACCGGACGUUGAAGAGCAUCAUGCAAGGCCUCUCGAGCCGGACAAAUUCACGUCUCCUACUCCACAGUAUCAUGAACUCUACGUUCAUCAGCACGAAAGGCACCGUCGAGAAGUGACAGAGUUGCCUGUUCCACAGUACUUUGCUGAGCUGGAUGGAAGCAGGCCUGCGUCGAGGCUAGCUGAGUUUGGCCGGGUCAGAAGGUGAAGGCGUGAUGUUUGAACAAGAGCUUUAGAAAUCAGGGAGUCAUGAAGCAGAGGUGGAGUCAUUUUUGGCCAUCUUAUGGGGAUAGCAUUGGUGUUAUUCGUCUUG